AACAUGAUAGACAUCGAGGCGGUGGCGGAGCACUCCAACAACGGCCGUUAUUCGACCCACAUCCAGAACCACCAUCCUCGUUCCCCACGGCUACAUCAGCCUCAACCUCAUCGAGGAGACCAACCGCUUCCUCGCCGAGAUCCACGACGACAACGACGAUUUACACAGCUUCUCUCCGAUCUGUCCUCAUCGUUGCAGUCAGAGGAAGAACUUAAAGGAAGAACGAGAGACGGAGAGAGAACGAGGGAGAGAGAGAACAAUAAAAUAAGGAAUACCUAUGAACAGUACCUCGGUAUCUCUACCGAGCCAUUCCGCCGGAGUAUAUGGCGAUCAGGGUUCUAAUCAGACCCACCUCACGUCGCGUUAUCACGUCCACCUGCAAACCACCACCUUCGCUCGCGAACCCUAAACUCCAAUACUUCUCUUCAAUUCACAGCGUUUUUCAAAGGUACGGAUUUCCCAUCUCUCAAAUCCCCAAUCUCCUCUCAAAGAAUCAAUUUUUACUCAACUCCAAUGCCUCUGACAUCGAAAAGUCCCUCAAAAUCCUGACAUCGUUGAAGCCGUCUCAGGAACUUCUUGUCUCUGUUGUAUCCAGUUGUCCCAGUGUUUUAGAAUUUGAAUUUCUCAAGGAUUGGGAAAUGGGUAUUUCUAAAGUGGGUAUUUCGAAUGUCAGCUCAUCCAUGGUUUUGAAUGUUCUAAAAGUUUCGAGAAAGUUCAGUUUAGGACCGGAGACUCUGUCUAGGUGUAUUCAGCGUUUGAAGGGUUUAGGGUUUAGUGAUGGUACCGUUACUAGGGUAUUAGAGGGGUUUCCAAUGGUAAUUGUGAUGGAUGAGAAUGGACUUGCGGAGAGAAUUGAGUUUUGGGUGGGAAUCGGAUUCGAUACGAAGCAAAUUGAUCGGAUUUUUAAUUUGUUUCCUGGUAUUUUAGUAUUUGGGGUGGGAAAUAAGUUGAAGCCCUUGUUUAAGGAAUUUGAGGAAUUGGGUUUUACUCUUGAUGCGACUAGGAGAGAAGUUGUUAGGGACCCGAGUGUACUUUGGUUGGAAUUAGGGGAGCUUUCUCGGUGUUUGGAGCUGCUGGGGAGUUUGAAGUGCCGGGUACCUAUCAAAGAGAAAAUCUAUAGUGAAGGAGCUUUUAGGGCAGGAAUUGAAGUGAAACGGAGGGUCGAUUGCUUAUGCAGAUAUGGGUUGAUACGUAGGGAUGCUUUUAAGGUUUUGUGGAAAGAGCCACGGGCAAUAACGUAUGAGAUAAAGGACAUUGAGAAGAAAAUUGAGUUUUUAAUUCAUCGGAUGAAAUUUGAUGUUCUUUGGCUGGUUGAUGUUCCUGUGUAUCUUGGUGUGAAUUUUGAGAAACAGAUUGUUCCUCGGUAUAAUGUGAUUGAAUACCUUAGAUCAAAAGGUGGGCUUGCCAAUGAGGUGGGAUUGAAGGGUUUGAUCAAACUCAGUAGGUUGAGAUUUCACAAUCUGUAUGUCAAGCCAUAUCCCGAGUGUGAAAUAAUGUUUGGCAGGUUUGGAGGAGAUGUUGAAGUUAAUAACCAGCAUCCAGUUGGAAUGUGGAAACUUUUCAAACCAAAAAAGUAUCCAGAGUCCUCCAAAGAAGAUCUUGAGAACAUUAAGUCUUUCAUGGAGCCGUUUGCUUCGACGACGAAUAUUGAAAUAAAUGGAGGUUAGAUACUUCCUGGGAUCAAAUAUACUCGGUGAAGGACUUCAAAAUAGCACUUUUGAGGAAGACAGUAAAUAGGGAAAAGGAACAGAAAUGAAGAUUGGUUGUGUCUGGGAUAAGGGAUUCUUUCUAGAGAAGUCUGCACUUUAAAAGAAUGUGGAAAUUACUCUGUUCAUAAGAACGUCUACCAGUAUUUGAAACCCUCUCUCUUGGAAGUUUAUACUGAAAUCUGUGUUGUAUGGUUAAUGAAGUUAAACUUGAUUCAAGGUUGUCCGCGAAUUUGGUAAUUGCCAGCAGCACAAAAGGUAUUUUUUUCCCCAAUGGCAUGUGAAUGACGAAUUGUAAUAGUGAUGGUUGAUAAAAUCCUACGAUACAGGAUACAUAUCCUAUGAUUCGUAUUGUCUCUUUUAAAAAACUAUACGUAGCCCACCCUGUAUCCUUUUGUUAUAAAAAUCACAUGAUACGAUGGCGUAUCCUUUGAUACAUUCACGUAUCUGGAUUUGGUUCGUAUCCUACAAUUACUUAUUGAGCAAAAGUUAUACCAUAUUUUAAGAAGCGGAACUCCAAGCUCGUUCUAAAUCCUUUGAUCUAUUUGUGGCGACAUUGAAACCAUUCAAAGAAAACCAAAACUCAAUCCAUUAGGGCUCGAAUGGAAGAAAAAACGAUUUUUGAUCAUGUUUUGUAUGAAUCAUAUAAUUUUCAUCUAGAAAACUUAUAUUUUGUAUAGCGAACACUUAUUUUCCAUCCGUACAACAAAUUUUUUGUUGUAAUUAUUCAUAACUAUAACUUUUGUUAACGUAUUUUAUGAUACACAAUACGUAUCCCGAUACGAUUUAUAAAAUGAAAAAAAACGAUACACGAUACAUAUCCCGAAUU